AUGCUGUCACUCGCAUCGAGGGCACAGCGCGCCACCCCUUCCCUCCGCGGUUUCUCGACAUCCGCACCGCGCGCACGCGUGGUCGCCACCCAGCCUGUACGAGCAAAGGAGGUUCCCACGACCGUCUCUGGCAAGUACCCGCUCAUCGAGCACGAGUACGAUGCCAUCGUCGUUGGCGCAGGCGGAGCAGGUCUCCGCGCAGCCUUCGGUCUCGCAGAGUCGGGUCUCAAGACCGCAUGCAUCACCAAGCUCUUCCCGACUCGCUCUCACACCGUCGCUGCCCAGGGUGGAAUCAACGCCGCGCUCGGAAACAUGACCGAGGAUGACUGGAGGUGGCAUGCGUACGACACCGUCAAGGGGUCCGACUGGCUGGGCGACCAGGACGCGAUUCACUACAUGUGCCGCGAGGCGCCCAACUCGGUCCUCGAGCUCGAGCACUACGGGCUUCCCUUCUCGCGCACCAAGGACGGCAAGAUCUACCAGCGCGCUUUCGGCGGCCAGUCGCUCAAGUUCGGCAAGGGCGGUCAGGCCUACCGCUGCGCCGCCGCGGCCGACCGUACCGGUCACGCCAUGCUCCACACCCUCUACGGCCAGUCGCUCCGCCACAACACCGAGUACUUUAUCGAGUACUUUGCGACCGACCUCAUCAUGGAGGACGGAGAGUGCGUCGGCGUCAUGGCGUACAACCAGGAGGACGGUACCAUGCACCGCUUCCGCGCCCACAAGACUGUCCUCGCGACCGGCGGGUACGGGCGAGCGUACUUCUCGUGCACCUCGGCGCACACGUGCUCCGGCGACGGCGCGGGAAUGGUCGCCCGUGCGGGCCUCCCGCUCCAGGACUUGGAGUUUGUCCAGUUCCACCCGACGGGCAUCUACGGCGCUGGAUGCUUGAUCACCGAGGGAUCGCGCGGCGAGGGCGGAUACCUCCUCAACUCGGAGGGCGAGCGCUUCAUGGAGCGCUACGCACCUACGGCCAAGGACCUCGCCUCGCGGGACGUCGUCUCGCGUUCGAUGACGGUCGAGAUCCGCGAGGGACGCGGCGUCGGUCCCGACAAGGACCACAUCUACCUCCAGCUCUCGCACCUCCCGCCCGACAUCCUCCACGAGCGCCUCCCCGGUAUCUCCGAGACCGCAGCCAUCUUUGCCGGCGUCGACGUCACCAAGGAGCCCAUCCCCGUCCUGCCCACCGUGCACUACAACAUGGGCGGAAUCCCGACCAAGUACACGGGCGAGGUCCUCACCGUCGGCGAGAACGGCGAGGACAAGGUCGUCCCCGGCUUGUACGCGGCCGGCGAGGCAGCCUGCGUCUCGGUCCACGGCGCGAACCGCCUCGGCGCAAACUCGCUCCUCGACAUUGUCGUCUUUGGCCGCGCGUGCGCAAAGCACAUCGCCUCGACCCUCGAGCCGGGCAAGCCGCACAAGAAGAUCUCGGACAACGCAGGCAUCGAGUCGAUCCAGGCGCUCGACCAGAUCCGCACCUCGAACGGGCCCAAGCACACGUCCGAGAUCCGCCUCGAUAUGCAGAAGGCCAUGCAGGCAGACGCCGCCGUCUUCCGUACCCAGGACUCGCUCGAGAACGGAGUCAAGGAGCUCGAGCGCGUGCGCUCCACCUGGAAGGACCUCGGCAUCAAGGACCGCUCCAUGAUCUGGAACUCCGACCUCGUCGAGGCCCUCGAGCUCCGCAACCUCCUCACCUGCGCCGACCAGACGAUCGUCUCUGCCGAAGCGCGCAAAGAGUCGCGCGGCGCGCACGCCCGCGAGGACUUCCAGGAGCGCGACGACGAGAACUGGAUGAAGCACACCCUCUCGUUCCAGAAGGACGUCGAGGGAAAGACUCGUCUGGCGUACCGCAACGUCGUCCACGACACGCUCGACCAGAACGAGAUGAAGACCAUCCCGCCCUUCAAGCGAACCUACUAA